GGGAAUACUUCAGUGACCCCAGUCCAGCAGCAGAUCCACAAAAUGCUGGGGGAGGUCCUGGGUGGGAUCAACUGUGCCCGCGUGGCUGUGCUCACUCCAUACUUCUACACCGCCAACUUUGAGUGUGUUCUGGACCGUCAGGGCCAGCCGGUGCCCUACACCACACCCAGCAGGCUUCAGAUCAGCGAGGAGGGGAAGGUGCAGUGGGCAUCCAGUGCCACGGAGCAGGAGAGGAUGGAGCUGCCCACAGGAGCCCAGAGAAUCGCUCUCGACUUCUUCGACGCAAAGUCCUUCUGCAAAAACUCCCAGCAUGUGAAAGGAGAGAUCCAUUUGAGGAAAAGGCACUUGGAAAUUCUUGGAUCCCAUGUCAUCCAGGGAGAAGUGGGUCCUGGUAGAAGAGAGGACUUGUGUCCUCCACCAGGAACCGGCUCCCAGUAA